AAAGGAGAAACCCAGCGCGCGAGAGAGCCCGGCUCCGUGCCCCGUGUCAGAGGCCACUUCCUGCUCCCGGCCGUCCGACCCGGCUGGCGCGGCGCUGCGCCCCGGCCCCUUGCCCAGCGCGGAGCGAGCGCGGCCGGCUCCGCAGAGACUGGAGCCUCCGUCUCCGAAGAGCGCUUCGCCGGCCUCGCGCUCCCCUUCCCACCACCGCCCCCUGCGAGCUCCCCGGCGCCCGGUGCGAGUGCGGCGUGUGAGUGUGUCAGGGUAUUGUGCUGCGGGAGUGAGUGUGUGUGCGUGUGCAUGAGUGUGGGGCGCGCGGGGCUCCUGCGCUCCGCUCGCGGCCGCCGCCGGGGAAGGACGGACGGACGGCGCUUCCUCCUCCAGCGAGCGGCUCCCGGGCACCUCGGCGCGGCGCGGGCGCGAGGGGAGCGCGCCUGGCUGGCCGCCGGCCUUCGGAAGGUCCCGCUGCGUCCCCCCUGGGCUGGAUAUGUUCAUGUUCACGUGAAGAUGGAUUUAGUGUACGGGCUCGUGUGGCUGCUGACAGUCCUCCUCGAGGGGAUCUCCGGCCAAGGAGUGUACGCUCCCCCCACGGUUCGCAUUGUGCACUCCGGCUUGGCCUGUAACAUUGAGGAGGAGCGCUACUCCGAAAGAGUCUACACAAUCCGGGAAGGAGAAACCCUAGAAUUGACCUGUCUGGUCACAGGACAUCCACGUCCACAGAUCAGGUGGACCAAAACAGCAGGAAGUGCCUCUGACAGAUUCCAGGACUCCAGCGUCUUCAACGAGACUCUGAGGAUUAGCAACAUCCAGCGACACCAAGGAGGCCGGUAUUACUGUAAGGCGGAGAAUGGCCUGGGCUCCCCAGCAAUAAAGUCAAUCAGAGUGGACGUGUACUAUUUGGAUGACCCUGUAGUAACUGUUCAUCAAAGUAUAGGUGAAGCUAAGGAGCAGUUUUACUAUGAGAGAACAGUGUUCCUGCGGUGUGUUGCCAAUUCCAAUCCACCUGUUCGGUAUAGCUGGAGACGUGGGCAGGAAGUGUUACUACAAGGGUCAGAUAAAGGAGUUGAGAUUUAUGAACCCUUCUUUACGCAGGGUGAAACAAAGAUCCUAAAACUAAAGAAUCUUCGACCUCAGGACUAUGCUAAUUAUAGCUGCAUUGCGUCAGUGAGGAAUGUAUGCAAUAUUCCUGAUAAGAUGAUGUCAUUUAGACUUUCCAAUAAAACAGCGUCUCCGUCAAUUAAGCUCUUGGUGGAUGAUCCUAUAGUUGUAAAUCCUGGCGAGGCCAUAACACUAGUGUGUGUUACAACAGGAGGAGAGCCUGCACCCUCUCUCACCUGGGUCAGGUCCUUUGGGACCCUCCCUGAAAAGACUGUUUUGAAUGGAGGAACUUUGACCAUCCCUGCCAUCACCUCUGAUGAUGCUGGUACUUACAGCUGUCUUGCCAAUAAUAAUGUGGGAAACCCUGCAAAAAAGUCCACUAACAUCAUUGUGAGAGCAUUAAAAAAAGGACGGUUUUGGAUCACUCCAGAUCCUUAUCACAAAGAUGACAACAUCCAGAUCGGACGUGAGGUGAAGAUUUCUUGCCAAGUAGAAGCUGUCCCUUCUGAGGAGCUAACAUUUAGUUGGUUUAAAAACGGUCGUCCUUUAAGAAGCUCUGAGCGGAUGGUUAUUACACAGACUGAUCCUGAUGUCUCCCCUGGAACAACCAACUUGGAUAUCAUUGAUUUAAAAUUCACGGAUUUUGGGACGUACACAUGUGUAGCCUCUCUGAAGGGAGGAGGAAUUUCUGACAUCAGUAUUGAUGUUAAUAUUUCCAGCAGCACAGUUCCACCCAAUCUGACUGUUCCACAGGAAAAAUCACCUUUGGUCACCAGAGAAGGAGACACAAUAGAACUGCAAUGUCAAGUAACUGGAAAGCCUAAGCCAAUCAUCCUGUGGUCUAGAGCAGACAAGGAAGUUGCAAUGCCUGAUGGGUCAAUGCAGAUGGAGAGUUAUGACGGGACUCUGAGGAUUGUGAACGUGUCUAGGGAAAUGUCAGGAACGUACAGAUGUCAGACGAGCCAGUACAAUGGGUUUAACGUCAAGCCAAGAGAAGCCUUGGUGCAACUCAUCGUUCAGUAUCCGCCCGCUGUGGAACCAGCAUUCUUGGAAAUUCGUCAAGGGCAGGACCGCAGUGUCACGAUGAGCUGCAGGGUCCUGAGAGCCUACCCAAUACGGGUGCUGACCUAUGAGUGGCGCUUGGGGAAUAAGUUACUACGGACCGGUCAGUUCGACUCUCAGGAGUACACGGAGUACCCAGUGAAGAGUCUUUCCAAUGAGAACUACGGGGUUUACAACUGCAGCAUUAUCAAUGAAGCUGGAGCUGGGAGAUGCAGCUUUCUUGUUACAGGAAAAGCCUACGCUCCAGAAUUCUAUUAUGACACCUACAACCCCGUGUGGCAGAACAGACACCGUGUUUAUUCCUACAGCCUGCAGUGGACACAAAUGAACCCUGACGCAGUGGAUCGAAUUGUCGCAUACCGCCUGGGAAUUCGGCAGGCUGGACAGCAGCGUUGGUGGGAACAGGAGAUUAAAAUAAAUGGCAAUAUACAAAAGGGAGAAUUAAUUACAUACAACUUGACCGAGCUCAUUAAACCAGAGGCUUAUGAAGUCCGUCUGACUCCUCUCACCAAAUUUGGUGAAGGAGAUUCAACAAUUCGUGUUAUCAAAUAUAGUGCUCCUGUAAAUCCUCACUUAAGAGAAUUUCAUUGUGGGUUUGAAGAUGGCAACAUUUGUUUGUUCACCCAAGAUGAUACAGAUAAUUUUGACUGGACAAAACAAAGUACUGCAACAAGAAAUACGAAAUACACACCGAACACGGGACCUAAUGCUGAUCGUAGUGGCUCCAAAGAAGGUUUCUAUAUGUACAUUGAAACAUCUCGACCCAGACUGGAAGGUGAAAAGGCUCGACUCCUCAGCCCUGUCUUCAGCAUAGCUCCCAAAAAUCCAUACGGACCCACAAACACUGCAUAUUGCUUCAGCUUCUUUUAUCACAUGUAUGGACAGCAUAUAGGUGUUUUAAAUGUAUAUCUACGUUUGAAAGGACAAACAACAAUAGAGAAUCCACUGUGGUCUUCAAGUGGGAAUAAAGGACAACGAUGGAAUGAGGCUCAUGUGAAUAUUUAUCCCAUUACUUCAUUUCAGCUCAUUUUUGAAGGUAUUCGCGGUCCUGGAAUAGAAGGGGAUAUUGCCAUUGAUGAUGUAUCCAUCGCAGAAGGAGAAUGUGCAAAACAAGACCUAACAACUAAGAAUUCCGUUGAUGGUGCUGUUGGGAUUUUAGUUCAUAUAUGGCUUUUUCCAGUUAUCGUCCUCAUCUCUAUCUUAAGUCCUCGAAGGUGACCUUAUCCUGGCAGAGGCUAUAAAAGAUUCACCUGGCACUGGCAUGAUGAAAGAGUCUUUGUAAAUGGACAUGAAAAAAAACAAAAAAACAAAAAACAAACUACCAAAGAUUCCUCCACUGACUACUGACUGAAACGUAAAAUAAUAAAAAACAAAAUUUUUUAAGCACUGGGGAUAAAAAGACAUGAUGGAAGUAUAACUUAUUCCAAACUACAUAUAAAAGAUAACCUUGAUAUGAGUAGAGAAGAGACCUUCAGGUGCUUUAGUGGCUAAAAUGAUUACAGCGUCAUCUGGUUGAACUCUGGGAAAAAAAAAAAAAAAAGAGCUAUAGAAAUCCUUGUCAAAGCACAAAGUCAUGGCUGGUUUUGUUUCAAAUGAAUAGUUUGCUUGUUACCAUGGAAACCUAAUGGCCUGCCAACAAAAACCUCACUGUAAACAGGGUACAUGAAGAGCUGGCAUUUAUUUUCCUUUCAAGAAGGUUUUACGUAGAGAAUUAAAUAAAUGUAGGCCCUUUUACCUUUGGCUGUUAGCCUUCCUUGAAAAUACCGGAACUCAGAAUUAUUUAAAGCAUUUCUGUUCCUCCCCACCUGAUCCCCACCGCAUACUUAUUAUUAGUUUCUCCUUCCAUGGCUAAGCUAGGUAACUGUAUGCUGUCUCUCUCUGCAUGCACCCACUCUCCAGGGCGGUAAACCUGGGCUUACAUAUUACACAGGCUUAUCGGAGUUGCUUGCGGCCACUUGAACACCCAAACUAUGUCAUCUGUUCCAAUGAAGAAACCAAACCACCAUCUUUUAUAAAUUGCCAUGGAAACCAAGUGCCUUCAAUGAAACAAGCCUGAAAUAAUUUUCAACUCAGAAGCUUGCACUGCUUAGAGUGGUUUGUGUAAAACUAUUUUGUAAACAAACUACAGAGCCUAAAUGUGCAAAUCACAGGCAAGACAACCAAGCCGCUUCUGAAGAAGAAAGGUCCGGAGCUGCUGCGUAAGCCCAUGCAGACAAGAUGUUUGUUCUUUAACCUCCUAGACAGCCAUGGCCUUCCGGCUUAUUGUCCAUUAAAGAAUAACUUCCACUGAGACCAGACAUGGGAGCGAGACUUUUUCUUCCAGGUUACUAAAUGGGUCAACCAGAGCAAAAAGUUGUUAAGAUAAUACUUAGCGCAGAAGGUGGUAAAACACAAAAGUAAUUUUUUUACUGUAAUCUCCAUCUGAAAUGAAAUUGGCCCUAGCUUUAGAGGGAACUAGAAAAUGUUUGUGAUUGCAGUGCGUACAAACUCUACAGCGGAACUGGGCCUGAAUAAUCUGGCUUUAUUCUAAACACUGAGGGAUAUAUGCCUCUGCCCUAUAGUCAGACUCUGUGCAAAUUGUGAAAUAUUAUUUUAUUAUUUUAUCAAGAUAAACAAAACACUUUUACAAAAAAACAAAAACCUGUAAAAAUGAUUUUGAGCUACCUGAGGACAAAUCAUAUCUUUAACCAGCCAGUUUUCCAAUGCAUUGUAAAUUUCACUUAAACCUAUUGGUUAUGAAAAUUUGGAGAUCUUUUUCCUUAAAUUAUCUCAGCUUUUAACUUCAUUUAAAAAAGACUUGUCUAAAGAAGACUAUUACUAUUAUGUGUUAUUUAAACAUCCCAGGAUUAGAAAAACGGAUUAUGCAAGCAAUUGGGAUAUAAGUAUUAAAUUAUAACAUUUGCAAAUAUUAAUAUAAAAAGCACAACAAAAUGUAGUGAAAAUGAAAAAGCUUGAUUUUUAAAAGAAAUCUGUAGAAAUGUUUGUGCAAAUUCAGUAAUUCAACUUAAAAUAUAAUUUUACAGCUAUGUUCAAUAAAGCCUCUUUCCAGGUAAGGUAUGACAAGCGGUACGUGUGUUUGUUGGGCAAUCUUCACUUCCCACUAAAGUGAGAUUAGUUAUGCAAUUUAUUGGUUGUGUUAUCAUAAUUAAUCAUCAGUGCUCCAUACACACACUCUUUAAGUAUGCAGUAAGAGAUUUGUAGUAACAACGCCCUGAUGCAGUCUCCCAUAUUUGUAACACAUGUUAAAAAGUAUUAAACCUUUGUAGGUAAAAUAUGAAUUUGGCAUAUUUCAUAUUUUCAUAGUCAGUUUAGGGGAAACACAUUAGAAUAUUUAGGUAGUGAUAUAAUUGAGCUCUAAAUCAACCCUUAAAUAGAAUAAACAAGUAAGUUUCUUAAUUUACUUGAAUGAAUUAGGCAUAUUGAAAGUUUUUUUCAAAAUUCUAGCCCUUCAUAUAUUUUUAUCAAACCAAAGAGAUUCAAAUAAAGGUUAUCUGGGGACACUUAGCUUAAUAUUUGUUAAAUUACAUUCACCAUGACUUCUUUUUUAUAGCAGCUAACCGCUUCUCUUCACUCUCACCACUUAGCAAAUCAUUGUUUUACUGCAUUAUUACUGUCAAUAAUACAAAUAAAACUUUUAAAUCGAAAAAGAAGCAUAGCUCAUUGCCUUCUUUUAAGUAUCUUUAAGUUGAUUUGAGAGAGGCUUUUGCAAAAAAAGAAGUUAAAAACAAACAAAAAUUUAAAUUCAGAAUAUUUGAAUAUAUAUAUAUAUAUAUAUAUAUAUAUAUAUAUAUAUAUAUAUCUCCAUCCAUAUCCUUUAGAGGAUUACAACCAAAUUACCUUUACUUUUAACUAAUUCUGAACAAAGAAAGUGCUACAAAUGAAAGUUUCAAUUAUACCAUGAAGCACUUAUAAAAUACUAAAAUCUUUUUUAAACUCUCACAUAGCAAGAAUACACACACUUCUGAAAUUCAUGAGAACUGGCUGGUACUUCAAAAUUAAUUUUAAUUAGAUUUUUAAGAAAUUGCAGAUGCUUGAGAAGAACAAAGGAGUACUCAGAAAUGCAAAGAGAUCAGAUUUAUUGAAAUCAUAAUAAAUUAAAAUGUAUAUCUAAAGUGAAUUCUGGUUUAUUAUGUAAACUAAUAGACAAAGAGUCAGUGUUGGGUCACUUCCGAUCAAAUAUUCAGUUGUUCCAUUGAAAGUAAAUGAUACAAAUGCAGAAAUUUUUAAAUGAUUGGGAUAAAUGAAAUGUAAAUUAUUCUAAGUAGCCUCUUUAAUAUUAGUAAUAAUAAUGAACUUCUGUUUAGCAACUGCCUUCCUUUUAUUAAUAUUUUUGUAUUUAUUAUGAGUUGGAUUCGACAACAUAUUAUCCCUUUCCCAUUUUGAUAAUGUAUUUAAAGUAUAAUUGGUGCCAAUGUUUUCAUUGUUGUUAUUUUAUAGAGAGGUGUCAGGCAAUGAAGUUUCAAAUUUCUGGGAAGAAAGACAUACUGUGUAAUUUCCUACUGCCAGUAACUGAUCUCAAUUAAUUAGGAACAUUAUUCUGUUUCAUCAAUUCAGAAAUGUUUGCUUUUCUACACUUUAUCACGUCUGCAAUUGGGCUUGUUUUAAUUGCAAUUGGCAACAUUUCUAUGUAAUGUAUAAAAUGAGUCGUAAAACUAAUGGCAUUUUAAAUAUGAUAAAAUUUACUGAAUUUUCCAGAAGUGCCAAACAAUACCUAAAAUUACUACUUUUCAUUAAUCCUAAACAGACAUAAAGUUUAUCAUACCGUAUUUUUAAGAUUCAUAUUAGCUGCUCAUCAUCAAGGCAGUAUUUAUUCUGUUUUUUUUUUUUUUUUCUAAAAAUUCAAAUUGUCUCUUAGGUGUUCAUGCAUACUACCCUCAUUUACUUUUCUUUCUUUUAUCUUGGUACCUAUGGUUUUAGUUCCAUCACAAAAUUUAUUACACGAUGUAUCCCUGGUUUAAAAUGUUCUGUGGUCACUGUACUUAACAGGUCAGAAGUUUGGCUUACCAUUAAAUUUUCUCUAAGAGAAUUGAAAUAUGCAUGGUAUGUCCCAAGGCAUACAGUUGACACUGCAACUGAUAAUAUUUUAUUUCACACAUAUCACAGAAUUGACUUUGGCAUGGCAAUGAUUAUAAUUCAUAAUCCUUACAGUUAGAACCCACAUGAUCAGUUAUAUCAUGUAAUAACAAAAACAAUAAUAUUCUUUACUUUUAUAUUUUAAAAUAUGAUGAAAUACAAAUUACAAGUGUACUAACUUUUCACCAAACAUGCAUUUUUAUUUUAAAGACUUUAUAAUAAAAUUAAUCUGUCAAUAAAAUGUGUAGUUUUAAGAAAAAUUAAUUCAUGUAGUUCUGCACUUAAGGCUAUGAAACUGGCUGUGGUAUUCUCCAUGACCUAUUUUGUCUGUUUUGAUCAGUGAUUUUAAAGAUGGUGAAAGACUAAUCCAAUUUUGAUAGACUGAUUACAAAGGAUUCUUUUGAAUGCACAUUCUGUAUCAAAAACUUUUUUAAUGUGCCUUUCAAAGAUGAGGGCCACUCCACAGAUACUUAAACUGGAAAAAUGUUCCAAUGCCUCCCCAAAUACAAUUGCUUCCUGGUUGGUGACUGCUUCUUACUAAUCAAUUCAUCUGUGUCUCAACAAAGCAGAAGGUUUACUCUUCUUGCAACUGGGUAGUUGAUGUCAAUGAGGAGUUAUUGCAUUUUCUGUGAAAACAAUAAAAUCAUAGGGUUCAAUCCCAAGCUAUUCCUUUUCCUACAAUGUUCCCUUUGUGGCUAAACAGUUUAAUUAGUUUUCUUAAUGCUUAUUUUUAAAAGCAACGUCUGGCAUUUUCUACUUUGACUUAAGAGAAAACUACAACAAAAUGAUCAGAAUUUUUCAAGUCUAAAAUAAAAAGUCUUCGCUGAAUAUCCAUAAUAUGUAUAAGCAAACAUGUAUGUUGUUAUUAUGUAAAAGAGAAAGACUUCAAAGCUUGAAAUCUUAAUGUUAAUAUGUCAAUUCAGGAUUAACCCAUCAUAUGUCCAUGUCUACUUAGAAACAAAGAUGAGAGAGAGAGAAACAAUCCAUAAACUUUUAUAUGGAUUACUUUAUUGACAUAUUUUAAUUUAAAGCUUAGUAAAUUCUGAGUAGUGAUUUCACUACCCUGAGUCCAUGCUGACUAUAUUGAAAUUAAAGAGAUGGAAUUCAAAUUUGGAGUAGGGCAGCGGUUAAACUCUGGGUAGAAUUUGAAAUAGUUUCUUAAGGGGAUAUUUACAAAUGAUUGAAUUUAAUUUCAACUGUACUAAUUUUCCAUGAGUCGAGCUGAAAUGUACUCUUAUUUUUCAAUAAAAUGUUGGAAAAUUCUAUGAAAUAGGGAUUAGUUUGUUAGUUUCAGUUUGUUUCCAUAUGGAUUUAAUUGUUGUCCUGUAUUUCCAGGAUAUCACUUUUAUUUCUUAAUCCUCACCAGUAUAUUUAGAUGUAUAAGUUUAAUCAAACAUAAAUUGUGUUGCAUUUAUAUGGAAUAUUAGUUACAUUUGAGAUCUCAAAGUUUAGAUUUAACUUAAUUUCCCUUUUGAUAAUUUCCUUCUGCUAAAUAGUUUGAGAUAGCUGUAUGUUAUUUUCCCUUGGACUUUUUUUUUCAAUAAAUGAAAUUAUGUUAAACAUUCUAUUAGUGUUUUGGGGAAAUUUCUACUGUCAAUAAGCAAAAAAGUGAGAAGUAAAGAUAGUUAGAAUGACAAUUAGAUUUUCGAUUUAAAAUGAAAAUGCCAUCAUUCCUCAGAGUUUUAAGAAGGUUUAAGAAACUCAACACCAGAGCGAGCACAAUUAACCCACUAAGAAAUACAAUGACUUUUAUAUUCUUUGUGAGCUUAUUUAUAAAAUUGUGUUGAACAAGUAGACACUAAAAUCUUAUGGAAUAUAACAAAUAUGAUCUAAGGAAUAUGAGUCAAUUUAGUAAUUGUGUGCUUCUGCAUGAUAUGGACAAUAAUUGUAGUUUGAUGGUGCUAAUCACAUAUCUCAAACACAUUAAACUCAAUCUGAGUCUUCUGAAGGAAUCGAAUAAUACUCUAGGCAAAGAUUUGUGUGAAUCAAAGUUAGACAAGAUAUUAAAAAUUAACUUGCUUAUCAUCGUUUCCCUACUGCCUAUUUAGCUUAUUUUUUCUUAAUCUUUACAAUUGGAUUUAAAUAAAUCCAUGAACCUUUGGAAAUGCAGAUACAGUUAGUAUCAACAGACCCAAUUUUCUGUUUGAAAACCAACUCCCAGGCAGCUGCUUAAGUGUUAAAUCAUUGCUGAUUCUUCAUAAACCAUUUUAGUGUAGCAGUCAAAUUAAGGCUCUUAUAUUUGCUUUUCAAAUGAAAUUAUAGAGCCUCCUCCAAGAACUGGAUGUGUCUUUCGUAUUCCCAUAAUCCCUAUAGUAUGGUGGUAAGUUAUAACUCUGGGUUAUAUGGAGAUUAUAGAAUGAAUUAUUGCUGAAUUAUUCCAGGAUUCAGAGGUAUAUUUAGAACAGUCAAUAUGAAAAGCUUUUAUCUUUCUCCUGUGAAACCUCCUGACAGAAGAUCCGUUUACUGAGAAAAAUGAGAAGAUAUCCAACUGAAGAAGGAUUUAAUCAUUACAACCGUGUUUUCUGGCUCUUCUUAAUUUAACAGAAAUUGAUCAUAUUUCUUAAUAAAGGAGCAAAUGUUAAUAUCUUUGCAAGCAAAA